AUGCGCUUUUUGUCUCUCCUCGCCCUUGGCGCGCCGCUCGUCUCGGCCAUUCAGUUCUUCGAGCCGAUCGCGAACGCCACUCUCCACAAGGGCAGCACAUACCCGGUGAAGUGGCACAGCGUUGACACGGAUCCGUCCACGUUCAGCAUCUACCUGGUCAACUUUGUCGACUGGCCCCCCUUUUACACCCAGGUGGCCUCGGGCGUGAAGACCGUCGAUGGCGAGUACGAGGUGACCGUUCCCUGCGACGUCGACUCUUCGUGGGGCUUCCAAUUCAACGCUAUCAACGGCACCAACGUCUACAUCAUCCACGCGCAGACCUCCAAGUUCUCCAUCCGCGACGGUGACUGCUCCGGCAGCGGGCCUACCACGCUCCCCGCGCCCCCUACCUGUGAGGCCACCACGGUGACCAAGACGGUGACCGUCACGGCUAGCGCGUCGCAGAGCAGCGAGACCGAGAGUACGAUCGCCACCACCAUCACCACUUCUGCCACCACUCCUACCACUGUUGAGCCGCCCCAGCUGACCACGACCAGCCCGCCUGUGACGAACAGCGGCGCGGGGAAGCCCGUCCUUGUCACUAGCACGAUUACGUCGACGGUGUAUGCGCCCUGCGGCGAUGUUUGUGCCGUGUAA